AUAAAAUGAACGAAAAAAAGGGAUGUCAAAAAAAAACAAACAAAUAGAGUUUUGCAAAUGAGAACAGAAUAUUUUUGGGAAAGAGAAUAAUUUGUAAUAAAAAAUUAUGGCUUUUGGUAUUAUUAAUAAUUUAAUUUCACAGCCAAAUGUCUGUAGGUGUUGUCUAUCUGCUGGCGGCGAGUGGGAUAUUACGACGUCUUAUUUAAGUGCGGACGGAAAAAAAGAAGUUUAUUCUGAAAUACUAAAGGAUUGUUUCGGGAUUUCUCUAUCGAUCAUAAAAAAUAUAAGUCUGAGUUUGCGAGUUUGUCAACUAUGCGUGGAACACCUCCGUGAGGCGAGUUCGUUCAAGAAACAAGUUCUAAAUGCUGAAAAAGUUUUCAAGCAAUAUUACGAACACAUUACAGAUAUUCAUCGAGAUGUAGCAAAACCUUUAGGAAAUACCUUAAAAGAGGAUGACAAUUUAAUAUGCGGCGUGAACUCUAUUGAAGGCAGCGAUUUGCAAAGAAAACCCGAUUCACUUAAUAUUUGCAAGAGAGGCAGGGAAAGAGAAUCGAAUGGGCACAUAGUUGAUGAUGAUGUUGAUGAUGAUGAUGAUGAUGAAGAGACACCCAUAUCGGAACUCGUGAAGAGGAAUUCGCAUUUCAAAAUACAAGAUGAGACUUCAAAACAUAUUGACCCUAAAGUUGAGAGGCGUAGAGUCCAAAACUUAUGUCAAUAUAAAGUACAGAAUUCCGUUAAGGAGCUAUCGGAACGGAAACGACUCAUCGUAACUUGCGAGACGGUCCUCAAGUGGACCACCGCUUGUCCCUUCCGCCACCACAAAAGCUGGUUCCAGUGCUUCUACUGCACCGAUGACUUCAUGGAGAUCGCGAAGCUUCGCGAGCACACGGCCAAAGCCCACAAUAACACAGACGACGAAUUAAAAAAAAUUAAACGCUUCCCUAGAUCAUUGCAGAUCGACAUAUCGAAUCUCAAAUGUUGCCAGUGCGAAUUAAAUUUAGUUGACGUCGAAGCGAUGCGGCGUCAUCUCGCCGAAGCCCACAACCGGGUUCUGUACAAAGAAUGCAUAGCCGAUUACAAAGUGAACACCAGUCCUUACACUUGCCACUUGUGCGGGAAACGGUACCACGUGUUCCGUAGUCUGACCACGCAUCUGAAUGUGCACUACGCGAAUUGCGUUUGUGAUGUGUGCGGGAAAUCUUUUAUGAACACGAAACGGCUUAAGGUCCACAGGGCGACCCACGAGAAUGGCCACUAUCCCUGUUCCGAAUGUGGGAAGGUUUUGAAAACGAAAAUAUCGAAAGCGAACCACAUGGGUACGCACGCGAAGCGCGUCCUAAAAUGCCACAUCUGCUUCGAACCGAUGAAGCACUACAACGAUCGUCUGAAGCACAUGUCCGAGCGGCAUAAUGUGACGCACAAGUUUGUGUGCCCGGUGUGCGGGAGGGAGUUCAAUCUCAAGCAUUAUCUGGCGACGCACGUGCGGCAGACUCACGGGAAUAGAAACAAGGCGUGCCCGGAUUGCGGGAUGACGUUCAAGACGAAUUACGGGCUUAAGAAGCACAUGCUGAGGCACUCUGGGAUCAGGGCCUUCAAGUGCUCGGUGUGCUGUAAGACGUACGCCAGGAGUUAUACGUUGAGGGAGCACUUAAGGACCCACGAGAGCGAGGGGGUGGCGACCCUAACAUGAAACAGAAAUGUCGUCACAGAUUUCGCGUAAACAUAUUAGAUAUGUUUGUAUAUGUGACUGAUGUAUUUUCGAAGCAGCUGCCCUUGAGUUGUCAGGUCUAAAGAAGCCCUCGGGCAGCUGUUCCUAGAAAAUCUCAUCGCUUCCGGCUGAGCCGGUGCUUGCCCGAUCUGGUGAAUCUGGAAAGACCUCCGAGCCAAGAGUCAUCCUUCUUUCCUAAAAAAUAAAAAUAUAUGACACCACUGGAUUCCAUACAGGAUUGAACCGAGAGAGUAAUUUUAUUGAUGUAUAAUAUCUUUCAGAGCUGCAAUAGUAUUUUGUGCAAUUUAGGUGUGAUAACACAAAGCUUACAACUUUUUUUUUCUUUUUUUUUUUAUUUCCCUUGUAGGCAGACGAGCAUACGGCCCACGUGAUGGUGAGAGGUUACCGUCGCCCAUGGACUUCAGCAAUGCCAGGGGCAGAGCCAAGCCGCUGCCUACUGCCUAAUACUCUCCACAAGCCUCGUUUGAAGAAGGACAUGUCAUAACUUUCGGGAAACAUCGAGAAAUGUCACCUAUUGUACUUAGAGCCCUGCACUGUGGUCCUAAGCUAACAACUCCACGGACCAUUUGUUUUGUUUGGUUUUACCUUUUUUCCUACCGAAUUGGUUACCUAGAAGCUAUUCCGCCUAUGCUUGGACCGAUGUUUUAUAGUUAAUCAUGACAUGACACAGUAAAAUUCCCUAGACACCAAGACACUCAACAACAGACGACUCAAGACAUUAUUUAAUUCUACCCUCACAUAGAGUCUGUACGCGAUUACAUAGUUUGCGUCUAGUUGAACAGUUUCAUUCAGUACCCGGAUUCGACAAAUAUUGCCUCAGACACAGCCCACUGAGUUUCUCGCCGGAUCUUCUCAGUGGGUCGCGUUUCCGAUCCGAUGGUAGAUUCUGCGAAGCAAAGCUCUUGUUAGGGUUCGUGUUAGCAACGUCGUCAGGUUUGAGCCCCGUGAGCUCACCUACUAGUUAAGGUUACGCUGAAAAAACCUCUCAAGGCUAUCAGCUUAGGCAGGAAACAAAAAAAAAGUACUGUUUUCGACAAUUGUUUCAUACUCAAUGUGGCCACGCGUAGACUGAAGACUGGUAAUGGAGUGCUGGUAGGACUGGUAGGCUGAAAUAGCCUCUCAAGGCUCUCAGUUUACGUAGGUAAAAAAAAGAGUGGAAAUAUACGAGUAGUUCGCUCGUCAUAAAACAUUCAAAGGAAUAUUACAAUGCCACCCAACUCGAUAUCGAUAAAGGGGUGCCGCUCUGGUUCCGGUAGUCAGAUGACGUGGUGUUUGUCACUAUCAGGGCCCUGAAUCUGCGAUAUUUUAAGGUAAAUCUUUUUUGUGUAUGGAAACUAGCGACAUCUUGUAGCGGAUGCCCCUAAACUUAUAUUUUGUUAAAGUUAAAACAUUUAAUUAAUGUGUAAGUAAACACAGAAAAUAAAAAAUGUAUAAUCAUACAA